AGCAAGAUUGUGUGAGGGGAAAGUCGUAUGCUACUGUAUUUCAAAAAACGCUACACAGCUGCUUUCACUGGGACGUCAAAUAUACUACGAGUAUGCCUGGAAUAUGCCUUCAGAAACAUGGGUGAAACUGUUAAAAUUUAUAUCGACGAAUCAUAUUUACGGAGUAAGCAUAUUUUGGACACAUCAUUAGCAUUAUACGGAAAUGCAUUGACGAAUUGUAAGCUAUACAAUCAAGCCAGCGUUAAUCUAGCAAGUCGCUGCUAAUACAUUUUCUAUGAUUGUUAUCUUGAGACGAAUGAGCAAUAACAGUAGUCUUAGCGCCAAGUUAACCAAGGAUACAAAAUCGUCCUCUGUGAUUUAUUAAGAAGCUAUUCUCUCGCAAAGAAAACAAUAGUUGAUGACAGCACGUUUUCUCGAUGGCAUCGGUAUUGAGUUAUUUCAGUGGUCCCGAAGAAUUGGAAGACGUCGACCAUGCCCGAGGCUUACUUAAAGAACUUAAAUCCUUGUACGACUCCCGACUGCUCGCUGACAUCGUUAUCGGAGUGCAGGGCGACGGAUCCCUGGACCACUGCGACGAGCAGUCAGUCAAAGGUGACAUUGAAAAACUUUUCCAGUGCAACCGCAACAUCCUCGCUGCUGCCAGUCCCUAUUUCAAAAGCAUGUUCACUGGUGGCUUAAAUGAAAGUAUGCAGGAUAAAGUAGUAAUUCGGGGUGUGGACGCCGAAUCCAUGUCUGUGAUAAUAGACUACUGUUACACUGGAAAAGUAACAAUUACAGAGAGCAAUGUCCAAAAGGUUUACGGGGCUGCCAAUAUGUUACAGCUCGAGUACGUCAGACUCGCCUGUUCCAGUUUUAUGACGCGGAGGCUGGACCUCUCGAAUUGUGUGGGCCUCCUUAAUUUUGCUGACACGUUUGGUAAUCUCGAAUUAAAAGAAAAAGCCCAAACGUUCAUAGCAAAAAACUUUAACCAUCUUUUUAAUGGAAAUGAGCUUUGUGACCUGGACUUGACGCAUAUACAAGAGGUGUUGGGUUUAGACACUCUGGAUGUCGACUGUGAAAGAAAAGUGUGCUCAGCAGCUCUACAGUGGAUACAGGCCAAUGCACCAGUGGAGACUGAGGACGCAUUACAGGUUCUCCGGUGUGUGCGCUGGAACCUGUUUGCUGAGGGGGACAAACCUUACCUGGAGAGCCUCAUGGCCAGUCCAUUAAUUGAGAAAUAUCUGGCAUACUUUGUCAACCGGUCGUCCGAGGAGGACAUAUCUGCAAAAUCGGUGACUCCAAAGCACAGGAUAGGCGCCAGCGCGAAAGAAAUGAUCCUCUUCUUUGGCCUGCCAAACGACAACAUAAUGUGCUGCGACCCCUACUCUGAGGACCUCUACUUCAUGGCCCCCCCACUGGUGGACCUCAGCAGUCAGGACUACAAGCGCUCCACCAUGGAGUCCCUGAUCGCCUGCGCCACGCCUGAAAACAACCUCUACCUAGCCUCCCACCUGUCCAAACACUUCUGGCUCUACAACCCACUGCUGAACAACUGGCAGGAGCUGGCCGAGCGACCCCUGGCCCGGAUCCACUCCGGGAUGGGCUACCUCAACGGCCACGUGUACAUCCUGGGGGGCCGGAGCCCCGUGACGGACGUGCGGCUGAAGGAGGUGGAGUGCUACAGCGUCCAGAGGAACCAGUGGACCUUUGUGGCCCCCCUGCCCCACUCGCUGGGCAAGAUGCAGGUGGUGACGCUCCACGAGCACCUGUACGUGGUGAACCGGCGGCGGAUGCUCUGCUACGACCCCCGGCGCAACCGCUGGCGCAACUGCGGCUCGCUGCGGCGGGACAAGCUGCACAAGGCGUGCGUGUUCCAGGACCAGAUCGUGUGCGUGUGCGACAUCCCCGUGGUGAAGGCCUACAGCCCAAGCCGGGGGGAGUGGAAGAGGCUGGGCGACAUCCCCAUCGACAGCCGGGCGCUCAACUACCAGGUGAUCCAGCACGACGGCAAGCUGCUGCUGCUGACGCAGACGCUGCUUCAGCACAACAAGAACCGGAUGCUGAUCCACGAGUACGAGCCCGCCCGGGACACCUGGAAGAACGUCAUGGCAGUGUACGUGUGCACACUGGGGCCUGUGUGUGUUGCCACGCGGCUGUACCCGCCCUGCCUGGGCUCGGCACACAGCGUGUCCAUGGAGGAGGAGGACGACAGCGGCUCCAGCGCCGACUGGGACCUGGACGGCCUGACGGACGCCGAGUCCGACUCGGCGAGCUCCAGCUCGUUCUCCGAUGAGAACUGGUGAUGAUUAUUGCGACAUUGCAGGUGUUUCGUUUUUUUCAGUUUUUUACAGGAGGCAAGUGUAACAUAUGCAAGGGGCCAUCGCAAUGCCCGACCGUGUGGUGUUUUUCAUUUAAAGCAGGUGUGUGACAGGUGGAUGUCUUUCUGAGCCAAGAACUUUUGUGGUGUGUCAAUAAGCUUUUGUAUCCCUCAUUGAUGAGCAUUGUGAUUGAAGGAUUAAAGAAACUUUAGAUUUCGCUGUCCAUAUUUAGAACACAUGAAUACCUACUGUUUAUUAUUAUUUGUACUGGUUAUUAUCAUUAUUUGCCUCCAUUUUAAGUCAGAAUACCAUACACUCUAAAUCGGCCACCUCUAUUUCCUACCCCUUUCUUACCCUUAAUUAAGGCAAAGCCAAUUUUGUAAAAAUGAAUGAAAUGAACAGCCAAUGCACUGUACUCAGGUUAGGCCGAGCAAAGCCUAUAUGCCAUUACUGAAUUUAAAUCCCUGAAGAAAAUGUGUUUCAAUGUUGUGGUUUAAACGUUAAUGUUAAAUUAUUUUACUGUUGUGUUAUUUCCAUAGUUUAGAUUGUUUGAAAUUGGGGAAAAACAGGGUCUAUGGAAUGAAAGUACAUUGCACUAUGAUAUGUGUAUAUAUAUUUGAUUUGUGUAUUCCUUCUAAAGUAAUAUAUGCCUAGUGGAUGGUGAAGAUAGCAUAACAUGAAUUCUAACUGUUUUAAUUAAAAGUAUAAAUGUUUAUGC